AUGAAAUUGACAUAGGAAAUUAAGGCCUCAUUGUAAAAACAUCAAAAGGUUAUUUCCAUUUAGAUGGAUGUCCAUCAUAUUAAUUCUUUCACUCAGAAAUUUAAGAAAUUUAUUUUUAAAGGAAGUAGAUGGUAUUAAGAAGAAUAAAAUAUUAAAUCAAUCAAUACUACAUUUAAAGAGCCUUUUCCAGAUAAUUUAUUAUAAUUUAUGAAUGAAAAUAAUUGUUAAACUAGAGAGAAGGAGGUCCUUGUAGGAUAUGAAGAUUUAUCAUAUAAUGAAGUACUUUCAUAAUUAAUACCAUAAAAUAUUUAACCUCCUUAAGGUUUUGAAAUUAUUGGUAAAAUUGCUCAUUUUAAUUUAUCACCUGAAUAAUUACCAUACAAAUAUUUGAUAGGUUAAGUGUUAUUAGAUAAAAACAAAAAUUUAUAAACUGUAUGUAACAAAUUAGAAAAAUUACACAAUGUUUAUAGAACACCUUAAUUAGAAUUAUUAGCAGGAAAGGAUUCAUAUGAUGCUGUUGUAAAUGAAGGUGGUAUAAAACUAAAUCUUAACUUUGAGAAAGUUUAUUGGUGUACACGUUUAUAUUCAGAAAGAGAAAGAAUUAUUAAAUUUAUAAAAGAAUUAUCAAAAGAUUAAAAAAUUUAAGUUUUAGAUUUAUUUUGCGGUAUAGGUCCUUUUUCAUUAAGAAUAGCUAAAGAUUUAGAUGCUUAAUGUAUAGCCAAUGAUUUAAAUCCAGAAUGUUUUUUUUAUUUGAAAAAGAAUAUUACUGAAAAUAAAUUAUAAAAUCAAGUGAUUCCUUUGAAUAUGGAUGCAAGAGAUGUUGUAUUAAAGAUUUAUGAUAAAUAAUUAGAAUUUGAUUUUAAUCAUGUUUAUAUGAAUUUACCAGUUUUAGCUAUAAAUUUUUUGGAUGUAUUCAAAGGAUACACUUAAAAGACAGGUAAAGUAGAAUUACCAUAUAUACAUGUUUAUGGAUUUGCGAAAGGAAAAGAUGAAGCAGAAUUGAUUGAUCAAUUUUAAUAGAGAAUAGUACAAUGUUUACCUGGGUUUGAGAAGACUUAAAUUCUUAAUUUUCAUAUUUUAAAGAAUGUAACUAAGAUGAAAAAAAUGUGUUGUUUAUCAUUUUAAUUAGAUAAAAGAAGUGCUGAAUCAGAUUUUGGUUUAUUAGAAUAAUAAGAUGAAAAUAAUAAUAGUGAUUUUGAGGAUGAUGAGAAGGAUGAAGAAAAUUAAUAAAUUGAAGAAGUAAUAAAUAAAAAAGUUAAAAUAGAUUGAG